CUGAGUACCUAAGAUUGGGGGUGGGGUUCACUCACCUAAAAGCUCACUUACUGUCAAGCGUCAUGUCUGAGUCAGCGGAGUACAAAGCAAUCAAGGACUGUAACAGCAGUCUUCUUACUUGUAUUAAGCAGUCUCCCAAAGAUAUCAGCGAUCAUUUAGAGAUCCUUGCACCAGACGAUCGAGAUUAUCUCAAGAAUGACACUCAUGAUGCUGGUGACAAAGCACGAAGAAUACUUGAUGCUGUGCUGCUCCAGAUAGAAAACAAUCCAAAGGUUUUCGAUUCAUUCAUUAGUGCUCUCAAAGCAGCUGGUAGUUUUACGAAGGCUGCAGUGCAAAAACUUAACGGUGCAUUACAGAGACGAAAGAGCGAUCAAACUCAAAGAAUGGAAGAUGAUGGAUAUGAGAACGAUUCAAUGAUUCUACUACAACCAUUACUCAGGCCAGUGAUGACUGAAGAAACUGGGUCAGUUCUUGAGUUACCUACCAUGGACGAUGGAGGGACAACUGUUAAGCUUCUAUCCCAAGCUGAAAGUCAGUCCAUUGAUCUGAGAGGCCAAGAACUAAAUGAGUCACCCCGGUGUUGUAACUGUUGUACUCGUAUUAGUGUAACUUUCAGUGUUACAUUGAUUGGCUUAAUUGCCCUUGCUGUCUACUGUUUCACUCCACAAAAAGCCUUUGCAGAUCCUCCACCUCUUGAAAUGGCCACAAUCCCUCCCAGAUAUUUUACCACUGCAGACCCGCCUAAAACCACACCCUCUGUAAUACCAGCCUACACUGGCAAGCUAACAGGCACUAUCAUUACUAGAGGUGAUCGUCCUAAAAUGACACAGCUUCGUAGCUUCAAACUGAGGACUGGAAAAACAAUCGAUUUCGCCUCCAAUAUUGCCCUUGACUACAGAAAAGUGGGCCAACUUUUGCUUGAAGGAUCCAAUGACGUUGAUAUUCUAGAAAUGAGUCAUCAUCAUGAAACCAAGGAUAUUGCUGAUAGAAUUCUAGUGGACUGGCUGAGUGCAAAAGGCAAACUCCCUGUUACAUGGGGAACAUUGAUUGACGUUAUAAAAGAGUCUGGUUUGAGUAGUUUAGUAUAUGAUAUUGAAGGUCAGUUGUCAGAUCUACAUAGAGAUCAUGAUGAAUUGUAGGCUUUUGUAUACGUAUAUAUAUAGAACAAUGUUUAUGUGCAAAUUAUAAUUAUGGCCAAAUACCUAUCUACGUAGGUAUAUCUUAAUAAUUAGUGAGUCAGGGCCAUGUAGUGACAGACGCGCAGUUGGAGCCAAAGAGAUCAGCCAUAGUUUCUAAAAUUCAAUCUGUGAAAAAUUAAUUACUACAUCAGCUGCUCAUGAUAAGCUGAUGUGUGUGAAGGCAAGUUUAAAUUUGCAAAUAUAUAGAAACUAUAACUGCAGACCAUAAUUACAUUUAGGGGGGAGAGGAUUAUUAAGAGGGCAGCGUAUAGGGAAUGUUUUGAAGCCUGCAAAGGUAGUCAUGCCUUGAGGCUUAAAUGCGAUUAUGUGACCAAGAGGCAUUAAUAACCAUCCCUACGGUAGAUGAAUACAGCAUGCAUGUAGCCACCAAGAUAUAGCGUGGGAGUCAUGCAAUAGAUGCAGGGAUUCAUUUACUAUUCAUGUGUGUUACACAGGGGCGUACACAGGGUGGUGCUUAGGGUGCUCCAGCACCCCCAUCCAGACUCUGGUGCUCCAGCACCCUAUCCAGACUCAGACUGAGAAGCUCAAGUAGAUAGUUCAACCAUCACUGGCUGGCUAGAAGGAAGCUACACUUACUGCAGCUAUCUACAGCUUAAUAGUGAUAGUUACAAUAACUUUAUACCAGUUAGAUCUAGCUAGCUAGCUAAGCUGGCCUAAAAAACUUACUUUUCUUCGAUCGUUACUGGGAUAUCCAUGGGAACUAGUAAAGAGUGGGGAGGGGCUCAAUAAUAAGGCUAGGCAGCAGGAAGUGGUUUGCUGUAUCAAACACAUGCAACACUGAGCUUGCUUCACAACAUGCAGCACAACAAGGUCCUUGGAUCCAGGUACAUGAGGUACAUGAAUGUAUAGUAUAAUUAUAUAAUUAAGCCUACAUGUAUGUACAAUAAAUUAAUAAUAAUCAAUGUUUGCAAUGUAAACUACAAAGUCUCUUUUCCUCAACAUCAAGGUACUGGUGGUCAUACUUUGUACGCUGCCUGUCACCUCCUGGUAAGGUGAUCAAUCUUUUAGUGGCCUGAAAAGAAAAGAAUCAAGACUGUCGUCAGAUCAAGCAAAGGAACAAACGUUUAUCAUCACUUACACUUCUACAUUUACACAGAGACUAGACUAGACAUGAUUGCAUUGACAUUUGACAUACCUUAAGAAGAGUUGGCUAGAGUUUGCCAUCCCAGGCUAAUUGUUAUAGUGGGUAAUCGGUUAGAGUAAUAAAACAGUAAUCUUGUGCAGAUAGUGACCCAGUUUGCAGAAUGUAUGGAGGGUAGCAAUCAUGUUCGCCAACCGUUCACUUCUUAUUGCUUGCAUAAAAUGCUUCACAAGAUCCUGAAGAAUCGUAAUCAAGUUACAAUUCCUAGAAUAGUAGACCGUAUUAAAGAGAACAUGUUACCUCUUCCAGAAGAACCUGAUGAGAUUCAUGAUUUGCUUACUGGUAUUCAAAGCCUGUCAGACGAGUUUGAGUUUGUAUGUGGGGAGCAUACUAAUGUUGCAGAUAUUCAAAUAAGAAAGAAAGGAUCGAGAGACAGAAGUCUUUCAACAACAAGAAAGUAUAAACGUCCCUCAGAAUGUUACAGUUCCAGCUGAUACUGAAGAUCAGGAAACAUCCGAUUACUCUAAUGCAAGUGAGAUAAUGAAAAACUGGAAAUACCUGGCUACCACUCUAAUUAAUGCAAGCAGCAAUAAACUACCGUUUUUGCAAACAUCACGUACAGAGGUGCAGAAUACAACACAAAACUAUGAGACAAAUGAAUGUUACCAAAUUACAUUGGGAGCAUGCUUUUGCAGUUGCUGUUGUUGUUUUAUUGUCUCCUUAAUCCUCGGAAUAUGUGGUGCAGUAUUGUACGAUAGAUAUUUACUCGUUGGUACUACUGAUGUGGUACAAAUUCACCGGCAAUCUGUACCACUAAUCGCAAUACAGGAUCCAUCGACUAACUUUGUUAGGCUAUCCGAAAUUAGUGGAACAGACUUAGUUACCAUUAUCUUCUAUAAGUUAAGCGAUUGCUCUUCUUCAGCUGCAUUCAUGGACGUUGAGUUCAAUGAGAUGGUGAAUGUAAGCUUUAGCUCUCCAACUAUCAAGAGCAAGGCUGUUACUGAGUUGUAUCUGGCAGAAAACACUACACUUACUGUAAAUAUCACCACCAAUGUGCCCUCAACAAAUUCUUGUUUUAUAGCUCUCGUUGUUUUUGACGAUUUUACCAAUUACUUAAACUUCAUUUCAAGCUCUUCGUUGGGCAAUUACUAUUUUAUGGAUUGCAUUGCUAACGAAAAAUCACGAACAAAGAUUUUAAUGUUCAACAGACCAUCGUACUACUAUAUUGGUGUUUAUACAGAUUUUCCAACUGAAGCUACUACUUUCUCUUUACACUUGGUUGGUUGGGACAUAUCUUCAAUAUGACACUUCAGAAGGGACCCCUGUCUGCUUUAUAAGCUCUCUUGAGGAUUUAAGUUGUGAGUUUUCUCCGAGCACCAACCAGGAAUUUUGUAUUGUUGGCUUUGUGCCACCUGCUAAUCAGCAAUUUGGAAUAAGAGGAACAACUGUAGAAUAUUACACUGCUGAUAACUCAGAUACAGCAAUAAACACAUUUUUUUUUAUUCCUCUAAUUUGCUCUGUUUUUGGGUGUUGUCUUCUGCUAUGUUUUAUUAGUUGUACAAUGUAUAGACCAGACCAACGCCAGUGAAGCUCAAUGUUUAAUUAUUGUUUGAUCUUGUUAA